AUGGCUGACCGUAAUCACCCUUCCGCCAAGCCCGCCGCCAGGACGGUGCUCAACCUUGGCAACCUUCCUCCCAAGAAGCAGGGCUUUGGCGCUGCAGCUCAAUAUGCGCGCACUCCCUCGCGUGUUGACCCCAACAAUCCGCCUUGGCCGGCGUACCGUGGAUACCACGAGUUCUCGUUCGCUCAUGAAACCAUGGGCAAACGUCUGCCUACCAUCCUGGGCAAAGCCGUCGACGAUGUCAUCAAGACGCUAAACGAGCUCUACGAAGAGGAAAAGAUUCUCGACCUCGCCAAGUGCAUCGAGCGCAUGCACGUCCUCAUGGACGACCUCCAGAAAAACGCCAAGCUGCGUCCCAUCAUUGACGACGGCGAGGGAGACAUUCCUCUCUGGAACAAGGAGAUUGCCAGAUUCUUCCGCGGCAAAGAUUUCAUGAACGCACCCUGGCUCUUUGCCGAGGCGUACAAGUACCGUCGCCUGCAUGAGUGCUUCAGCAUCUCCAAGUACUGGAAAGAUUACGAUGUCUUUUUCCGUCAGAAGUGCGACACUUUCUCUCGCUCCGGCACCGCCGUCUUUGAGCUCUCAACUCGUUUUGCCGAGCCUUUUGCUUACGAGGAGGGCGCUACCGAAGACCAGAAGCUCAAGGCUCGCGAGCUCCUCUUCCACGAGCUUACCCAGGUGUGUCUCUGGGGUAACGCUACCGAUCUCUCGCUGCUCAUCAACAUGACCGAGGAGGACAUUAAAAACCUUCAGUCCACCGGUGGUGAGCACCUUGCCGCUACCGAGAAGAACAUUCUCGGCAACCACCUCGACCGUCUCUGGAAGCUCGUUUCCAAUAUGAAGGGAGGCCGAAUCGACUUUGUCCUCGACAAUGCCGGAUUCGAGCUGUACUGCGACUGCGUCUACGCCGACUGGCUCAUCCAGUCAGGUAUCGCCAACGAGAUCCAUUUCCACGGCAAACGAUUCGCUUGGUUCGUCUCGGACGUUACGCGCAAGGACUGGGACUGGUUGCUCAACUCGAUGCUCUACGGUUCACUCUUUUCGCAAGCCUCGGACGCCGAGGUGCAGUCGCUCAAACAGAUGGGUCUCCGCUGGAAGGAGUACGAACGAAAGGGUCAGUGGAUCUACGAACAGCAUCCCUUCUGGUGUACCGGCUACACCUUCUGGUCCAUCUCGCAAGAAGCUCCCGAUCUGUUUUUGCACCUCGCCGAAUCCGAUUUGGUCAUGUUCAAGGGUGAUUUGAACCACCGCAAGCUCACCUAUGAUUGUCAAGCUCCAAGCGACACGCCUUUCGACAUGGCCAUUGGCCCACUGGCGAGCGACGAUGGUGCUCCACCCGUGGCCUCGUUGAGGACCAUCAAGUCGGACGUUGUGGUGGGUGUGCCAGGCGACGUGUCGAAUAAGUUGGAUUCCGAGGAGCCCGGUUGGAGGAUCAGUGGCAAGUAUGCGGUUGUGCUUUUGAGUGAUGGGCUGCCCGGUAAGCCUGUUAGUUUCAACCAGCAAUGA